GAUAAACAUGGAUCAAACUUGUUAUUAUAGUCAAGAAAUAUUAUAUAUAUUAUUGUUGGAACAUGAAGCAUAAAAUAUGAUGAAUACUUCUAAAAGAUGAACAUACACUGGGUUCUAGCUGCAGUAGGAUUUUUGAAUAUUGGAUAUGUUAUAUGUGCAGAUACCAGUAUAACACUGGACUCGGACACAGAGUGUGGAGGGACAUACAACCUCAAGGAUGGUACCUUGCAGAUUAUUUACCAUGGUACCAGGUUAAACGAUUGUACUUUUACUGUGGAUACAAAUGAUUCUACAAAGAAAAUUUGUGCUUAUUUCGAAAAGAUGAGCAUUAACUCCUGUGAAACUACUAUAAAGUUCUAUGGAUACCAUGGCAAAUACGGUGAACGUAUGGAUUUUCAUACAUUUUCCUGUGAAUCAGAUGAGACAACUGAAUACUGCCCAGCCCUCGUCACUAAAUUACAUAUUACCCUGAAACACUGGGGACCACAGACUGCGGAUGAAGUUAAUAUGAAAAUCACGUAUAAAAUUGACAACACAUAUAUCUAUUUGAUUGUUGGUUUUGUUUGCCUGGCGGUCCUUAUGAUCAUUAUACCCGCGGUUAUCAUCAUACGCUACAGAAAACAUAAAGCUGGUGUUAAACUGGUCAGCAACAGCAAACAAGAUCUCAUCACGACCCUAUCGUAACUGUCUACAUGUUACUUGAAAAGAAGCACGCAAGCUACACAAGACUUAAUACUAGAUACGCUGAUGUCGCUGAAUUGAGACAAAAACAAUCUAACCACGAAGAAUGACAAAUAUAAACUAUCCGCAAAGGAUGCAAACACAAGCGGACUUUGUGCAAUAAAUAACACAGAUUAAAAGAAAUGAAAUUAGUUAGCAUAGAACUUUUCAACUGGGAGGUAAGCUUGCAGUAAAAGAAUCCCAGUUCCUGGUGGAAAAGCAAAAAAGAGGAGAGUUAUAAUAAGUCGAGGUCGAUAAAAAAGACAGUUAUAAAUAUUCUAAAAAAGAAACUUUAGUCUGACGCAGGUACAUAAAUGUGGCGAGUGUAAAGAAUUGAUUAUGUAGAAACCUCGUUAAAAACAUUAUGAUGCAAGAAGUUGGAAUAAAAAUCCGGUAAUAAACCGGUAAUAAACAGAGAAUUCGACAACAGUUUUAACCUUUAGCAUGCUAGAUAAAUUGUCGUCUGUUGGAAAUGUCGUCUGCUAAAAUUGUAAAGUUCAUUCAAUUUGCUCAAAAAUUGGAAGAAAUAUUGUCAGAGUAUCAAACAGCUUGGAACCUGAUCAGACGCCGAUUUAAUCGGCGUCUGAUCUGGUUCCAAGCUGUUUGCAAAGGCUGUUAAAUUCGCCUGCAGCAGGCUAAGGGUUAAAGAGAAACAUGUUUGAACAUACAAAUUUUUACGAAUAUAAUUUAUGUUAUUAAUUUGGUGUCCAAGUUUUGUUCUCUUCUCUUAUAUAAAAAUUCGUAUAUGACUUUCAUAUAAGGGAAUAUGUAGCGUGUUCUUCAUAUUGGCCGUUCUUUACACAAUACAAUUCCCAAUUUUAUAUAAAGAAAUAGAAUGGUAAAAGAAGGCAUGGUUUGUAUAAAGCAUCGUGUUCGAUGAAACAGGUCAGAAGACAGAUAUCAAAGCAGCUCAGUAGCAGUGGGUUUUAAGAACUGCCUAUCGCAGUCUUCCACUUAUUUUGUCAAAGAGGAAAGCGAAGCGUCCAACUGUAAAAGGGCUGAACAUGUGGUGUGUCGCAAAUUGUAAACACUCUUUGCAUGUUAUGACACCAAACUAUAGAUCAGGUGAGCUAGGGAGAUACCAUCUAUAUAUUACAAACUAUGUCAGAAUAACUCUGGUGUAAAUAAUGACAUUCUGAUAAUAUCAUUUCGCAAAACAGAAAGGUUUGAAUAAUUGUAACAAUGGUCAAACAGACUGUUUAUCAAGUGAGAUAUGAUCAUCUGAACAUGAUCCUAUUCAGUUACUAUAUUUUUCAACAAAAAUAUCUUUUGAUCUGUUCGUAUAGACCUAGUAUUUGUCUGUGAUAGGUAGAUGAUCUUUAUUAUCGUGUUUCUUCAAUAAAAGAAACAACAUCCUAACAAUUGUAAGUAGUGAUACUGUCAAGUAUUUUGACCGGAGAUAACAUUGUGUCAACCAGGAAGACCAGUUACUGAGAUUAAAUCUGAAAGCUAUACAUCCAAGUUGGUUAAGGUCAUUUCCCUGUAGUUAGCAACAGCAUACUUGAGUGUCAAAUAAAUGGCGUCCGGAAACUGUGUUAGAUUAUAAUGAUAAUUGAGGUGCGCCAUGAGAAUACCAACAUAGUGGCUUUGCGAACAACAUGGAUCCAGACCAGCCUGCGCAUCCGCACAGUCUGGUCAGGAUCCAUGCUGUUCGCUAACAGUUUUUCUAAUUGCAAUAGGCUUUGAAAGCGAACAGCAUGUUGUUCGCAAAGCCAUUAUGUUGAUAUUCUCAUGGCGCGGCUCAGUUAUCAUUAUAAUCUAACACAGUUUCUGCACGCCAUUUAUUUGAGACCAAACAUGAUCCGGACGAGACAAUGCUGAACAUAACGUCAUACAAGAAUCAGUGCCUGUGUCAGUACAUGGUCACUAUAGUUUAAGUAAGUCGUCAAAACGUUCAUAUUUGAGUAGUUGUAUUUUGCCACAUAGACACGCAAUAAGAUCAACAUACUCAUUGUGUACAAACAGACAGACCACCCAAGUUUAUAAUUUUUGAAAACAUGCAAAAUUAGUAUCAUGAAAUAAAUGUUUUAUGUUU